GGUUACGGUCCUGAAGAUUCCUCACAUGCUUGGCAGGGUUUUUUGUUUUUUUUUUAAAAAAUAUAUACAUUCAACUUCCAACUAAAGUGAUAGGUCUCUUGCAGCAGAGUGACAACUGGCUUCUUGUUUUUUAUGGGAUUAGGCACCUUGUAACAAAAAUGUAUUGUUAUCAUUAGCAACCUGCAUGUUUUUUGCUGUCUGUUGCAAUCUGUCUCUGCAUCACAGGAGAGAAUUUAGCAGAGACUAGAGUACAAAAAUAUGCCAGUGGAUUUUAACUGAACUGGUAUUUGUGCAAGGUGAACUCCCUCUUCUGCACCUCCUUUCUCCUCCCUGAAUGAGUCAGCCUCUGGUAGAGAAGCCUCCAAGCUGUUAAGACUGUCAGAUGGAGGACGAUCCUGCUCUUCUGUAAACUGAACUGCGUAACAGAGACCACUGGGUGCCGAGUUCUGGACCUUUUCAUUCAUGGUUUGAAGAGUGCACCGUAAAGAAAGCACCUCUGAACAAAAUGACAACCUUCACUGUAGGAAAAUCAGCCCCUAGCAAAAGUGAUACGAAGAAUGCUUCCAUUGCAAUGAAGAGUAGACAACAAGUUAUUAAUGAGGUCAACAAGAAGAGGACUCUGUUACAAGAUAACAGCUGGAUAAAGAAAAGACCCGAGGAGGAAAACGCUGAUGAAAACUAUGGCAGAGUGGUCCUUAAUCAAUACAAAUCACAAGAUGGUUUACACAGGAGCCCAGAUGAAAAGGAUGAUCAGAAAGCUUUGCUUAGCCGAUAUAGAUCUGAUACAACUUUAGACAGGAUUCCUGGCAACAGUGAUGCUGACAAAGCAAAUAAGCUUUCCACCUUGGAUGGCAAGCCAAGUAGCAGAAAGGAGCUUGAUGCAUCUAUCAACACUGGCAACACCACAUCGCCUGUGAAGAAGAAAAGGCAGUCAUGGAUGCCUCCCCCAGUCUCCAGUCAGAAGGUCACCAUAGAUGAUGAACAACACAAAAGGCAUUCCUGGGCCUCACAAAAUACAACUACAGCUGUAGCCACCAAUAACAAACCAGUUUCAACUACUUCAAACAAAGGAGGAGGACCAAAGAUGACUAUCUAUUCAUCGGAACCAAUUACACCUCCAAAGUCAAAUGCUGCCGUGAGUGAUCCAGCCAGAACUAGGCAGACAGGCCCAGCAAAACCCAGUGAAUCAGAUGCUAACAAAACCAUGACAAAAGAGAGAGCUGGGAGAGGCCAAGAACUGGAUGAUCUUAUUGAUGUCAAAACCAAAGGCAAUAAGAGUAACCAGGGAAGUCAAGAGCUGGACAAUCUCAUCCAAGUCAAAACGAAAAGCGAUAAAGGUGAUAAAGGACACCAAGAUCUUGAUGAUUUCAUCAAAGUGAACCGUACAUCUAAUGGACAUGCCAAGGGAGGAAGAGACCUAGAUGACCUCAUCACUGUAAAUAACACUGCACAGGAAAACAAAAGAAGCCAAGAACUAGAUGAUCUCAUUGUAGUAAAAUCCUCUCCUGAGGAUCAAAACAAAAAGAGGGCACCAGAGCACAACCAUGAAUCUGCCAGUAUUCCAGGUGGUCCGUCAGAAAUGAACCAUUUAUACCAGGACACAAGAGGAUCCAGCUGUAUUGCCUCAAGCAGUUACUCAAGUCCAAAGGACACAAUUGUGUACACAAGGACAUAUGAGAAUAGCAGAUUUCCCCAUGAUGCUUAUGAAGACAACAUCCCUGGAAAAUCUAUCAAAACUGUUUAUUCUACUUCUGAUAGGGCCGUUAUUGAAAAAGAAAUGUGCACUUACUGCCGGAAGCCCUUGGGCACAGACACAAAGAUGAUUCUUGAUGCCUUGCAGAUUUGCUGUCAUGCAACUUGCUUCAAGUGCGAAAUCUGCAAAGCACCUUUGGAAAACGUGAAGGCGGGAGAUAGCAUUUGGAUUUACAAGAACACGGUGCAUUGUGAACCAUGCUAUUCCAGAGUUAAAUCAUCAUGGGCCUACUAAUUUUGACUGAAGACAGUUCAGGUCGAUGGAUCAGCUGCAUGCGUUUAUCUUUGAAAAUCAUAUGCUUUUUUAGGAUGAGUAAAGAACUCCAAGAAUAAUAAAAAAUGGUAGACAUUUGAAGAUGUGAAAAAAUGAAACUAUAACUCUACUUCUAAAAAGAAGGAAGCACAUGGUGGCUUCUGCCUAGAAUAUGUGUGUGUACAUUAUCAGUAAGAAAACGUCUAAGACUGCAGUCCUCUGUCUGCUUACUUAGAAAUGAGUCUCACUGAAAACAGUACAACCUAUUUUUCUGAGUAAACACGCAUAGGAUUGUAGUGAAAGUGUAUCUUGGCUAUUCUUGACUGCGGUUCCACUGGUUCCUGUUCAUUCUGAAACAAUUCACACACCCGUGCUUAUAAUCCGAA